UCUUACGCACAUACACACACGAGAGAGAUAGAGAUAGAGAGAGAGAGAGAGAGAGAGGGGUGGUUUUUAGGCUUAUAAUAAUAUACGGAGGAGAAGGGUUAGGGAAGCAAUGGUGGAGAUGAACGGAGGGGUCGGGGUGAGGGCGAGGAGCUGCGGCGGCGGCGGGGGUGGCGAGGGGUGUUGGAGGCUCGUCGACGAGCUGAGCAGCAGCCGCGGCGGAAGUAGCUGUGCGGCGGCGGCGGCGGCGGCGGCGGCGGCGGAGUCGGAGUACGUGCGGCGGUUCCACCGCCACGAGCUCAGAGAGAACCAGUGUAGCUCUACGCUCUUCAAGCACAUCAAAGCCCCCGUUCACCUCGUUUGGUCUCUGGUGAGGAGGUUUGAUCAGCCUCAGAAGUACAAGCCCUUUGUGAGUAGAUGCGUGGUGCGAGGCGAUCUGGAGAUCGGGAGCGUGCGGGAAGUCGACGUUAAAUCCGGCCUCCCCGCGACUACGAGCACCGAAAGAUUGGAACUUCUUGAUGACAAUGAACACAUUCUCAGCAUCAAGAUCGUUGGAGGGGAUCAUAGGCUCAAGAACUACUCGUCGGUCCUAUCCGUCCAUCCGGAGACCAUCGACGGGCGGCCCGGGACGCUGGUGAUCGAGUCCUUCGUGGUGGACGUGCCCGAUGGUAACACCAAGGACGAGACGUGCUUCUUCGUGGAGGCUUUCAUCAAGUGCAACCUCAAAUCCCUAGCCGACGUAUCCGAGCGCCUAGCAGUUCAGGAUCAGACCGACCCAAUCGGAUGGUAAUAAACCGGUUUGACCAGCGGAUCGAUCUAUUUGAAUCGCCGUGAAUAAAAGCUUGGAAGGUUCGCCGAAAAGCUGAGUAGUUUGAGGAGAGUGGUGGUAAUCUGGAUUAGGCUACUGCUCUCUUUCCUCCCUUGUGCAGUCACUUGCUUGACCAUAAUUGUAGUGACCCACCAAACUCGAGAGUAGUACCUUUUCUUUGUUAUCCUGAGAAACUUUUGCUAGGGUUUUAAGGGGCUUCUUUUAUAGGUAGCUGCUUCUUACUCUAGUUUAGUGUACUGCAGGAGUUUGUGUUAAUGUGUGUAAAUAUACUCCAUGCCCCAAAACUUGUGAUUGUAUGGUUUUGGUGACUUAUAAAAGACAAUUUUACCUCAAGUCACAACCUUUAUUGUAUUAGAUACAGUGAGAUACUCUUGGAA